UGUAAGCAUAUUUUACACGAAUCUGAUAAGAUUGUUCUAUCAAGCUACUAUAUAGAACAGAUUCCACAGCGUAGAUUGAUAAAUCUCUCCCAGUACCGCUGUUUAUUUGCUCCUGUUCUAAAGUCAGGUUCUUAAGAUAUCGUGAGAUGGAUCCUACAUCUUUUGGAAUGGUGAAAGGAGAGGUUCAACGCCUUCCUUUCAAAGACGAUAAAGUGAAAGCAAUUGCUUAUGCUCAAGGAUAUUUCUACGCAGAGCAAGUCGGAGAACUGAUGAGAGAGUUCGGUUUUGACGAUGAUCGCCUUAAAGGACUGCAAGCAUGUGUUGGGAAAAUGUUGCCAGCGACGUGUGCCAGCGUAACAUCGAUUCUGAGGGCUUUUUCCUUCGACAAAAACAAGAUUCAGGCGCUCGAGCUGGUCGUUGUACAAGUCACCGAUCCACUGAACUUUCUUGUUUUUAACGACGUAUUUUCCUUCAUGAAAGAUCGGCAGCGAGUCAGCGUUAUUAUGCAAAGGAGGGCAAGUAUGCCUCCUCCACAACCGCCUGCCUUUGUGAACCCCGCUGUAGCAGGCAAUCCUUAUCCAUACGGUAGACCUAAGCCGAGUGUGGAUCCCAACGACCCACUUUACAGAGCUGUUGACGGUGCAGUAAGUGGUGUUGCAUCUGUAGUUGACAGUGCUUGUGGUGCCUUGUUUGGUCGGCCUUCACGCCCUGGUGCUGUUGUUGUACAGCGGCCAGUUGCAUACCAAACAACAGCCACUACCUAUGUCACACCUCCAGGGCCAGGGGUGCAGAUUUUGAGUGUCCCACCAGGUGCGACAGUGACAACCAUUCCACAAGCAGCACCAGGGUACCAGCAUUACCCACAUGGUUCUUACCCCAUGGGACAGGCACCACCUCCAUAUCAUCCUGGAGGAUAUCCAACCCAACAAUGGAAGUGAAGACAGUUGUGACUUUGUUGGAGAAAAAUUGCUCUGAUUUUUCUUUAAAGUAAAGAUGUAUUCUUUGAAGAAAAAUUUCAUAUUUCUCUUGAAAACAACAAGUACUAAUGGACUGGUUGGCUAAUUUUCUAUGUACAAAACCUUUUUAUGUUAUUCACACUUGAUAGAAUCAAAGAAACAUUUUGCCCUUCCUAGUUAGAAAAGCAGUAAGUUAUUUCCUGUUCCAUCUUUGCACUAUAAGAAUGAUAUAUAACUUGAUUAGGCACUAUAUUGCUUUUACUUGACUUCUAUUAAAUAGCUCAGCAGACUCCAGCUUAUUCUACAGUGACACUGUAGUCUAUAGACUAAUGAUAUAUUGUGGUAUAGGUUAUACAGUACAGCUGUAAAAUUAUACUUACUUGGAAUUUGGAGUAUAGGGACUAUAAAGAUUACCAUUUUUAAUUAUGGUAGAGUUCCACACAAUGAUAGAUUGUACUAUAAAGCUAGAACCACAACAGGGUCUCUGGUCAUUGUUGUUUCUAAGAGACAUCAUCAAUUUAAGUUUAAAAAUUUAGAUUACUUAAAGGUUUUUGUUGUCUUAGUUUAUUCUUUUGUAGGUGGGGGUAUGUUUGUUUCCUAAUCAGUAUUUCUUUUUAACAUCUCUAUGGAAUGUUAUUAGGAUAUUUGCAGUUUAUGGCAACCUUUUUUUUCUAGAAUCACAAAUCAAAUAUAUGUAUAACAAAAGGAUUCUUGUCUUGUCUUUUGAAGAGUAUAGGUACAUAAAGAGGCAAAUAAGUGAAACAAU